CCACGUGCGUGCGUAUGGAGUUGGUCAGUUUUCUGAAUGGAUGAUGGUGACCGAAGUCAACACAAGAAACGCUGAAGGCUGUAGCAACCGCGCUGUGUCCAGUACGUCGGUAAUCUGAUGCACAUGAAUUGUGUUCAAGUGAAGACAAAAGCUGACUGUUUGACGACUUUUGACACCUGCGCCAUUGUCUACGACCCAACGAAUCUCGCCAAUAAAAGCGCUCUCUCGACAUCGCGCAGUCACAGUUAUCCUUUCGUUCCAGUCGUGUGGUGUACAUCAUGACCUGCGCGGAGCUUGCUUAACAAAUAAGUGCUUAAAAACAAUAUUUCUUCCAAAAUGAUCGCGUUAUUAUUGUUAUCGUUGUGUCUUGGUAAUAUUGUUGGCCACCGUUUGGAUAAUUUUCUAUUCAAGCCCGUUCUCGACUUCAUUGGGUCCGAAGUGACGCCCGCGAUACCAAAGACCUCAAUCGAUGAGCUUCAGAACCCGGUUGAGGACGCAAUAUUUUCAGAAUUACGCGACAAUGAUAGCGCUAAAGGUGUACAAAGACGCGGUGAAGUUGGUAGAAAAGAUCUGCUGCAACAUCUUUACGCAACUUACGGAUGCUUGAGCUCCUUUGAAGGUUGGACGAAAUCGAAAGAUAAUAUAGAUUUCGAUUCGCUGCCGAGCAAAGGCUUUGAGUGCAAGAGAUCCGAGCCACCCAAAGACGAUUUAUCAAUAGAAAUCUUCGGCCAAAACCAGAUGCAGACACCGCCUGAUGGGCAGAGCAAUGAGCGUACGCUUAACAAGGACAAGUCUUCCUUAACUGGUAACAAGUAUCCUCGCGCUUUGCCUGUUUCUCACUUUGCAGACUUUUACCAAGAUUUGCUGGUCGAUACGAGCAAAAUAGACGCUAAGAGGGCCGGCACUGCUCCGGUAAUUGGCUGUGAUUGUAAAGUUAAGAUCGAUCUCUUGGACUUGGGUCAACAGCACUAUCCACGCUAUCUUAUGAACGCAGUUUGCCAAAACAGCCAAUCACCUAAUCAAUAUCCGCAGAAGUGCUGGCGCGGUUCCUACUGCAAACCACUCGAGUACAAAGUUAAAGUGCUCACACCACGUUCCUUAUUGGAACCGACACAAAACGAUCCGGCGUUGGCUUGGUUACCCGAUGAAUUGCGACAAGAGUGGAAAUUCAAGACCGUCACUGUGGCGGCUGGUUGUUUUUGUUCGUACUGAUGCUAUUACCGUUAUUUGAGAUUGAAGAUAUUUCGUGGGUUGAAAGAUGAUAUCAUCUACCUAUGGUAUUGAACUGAUCGUUUACAAUUUAACGAAUUCAUUUAAUUAUAUAACAUUUAGGGUAAUAUUUAUUUGGUUUUGACGUUAAAUAAUGUG